CUGAGACUCGCAGUGAGAAACUCCCCCGGCUCUGUCCUCCUCCAGCAUGCUCCUCGUCCUCCUCCUGACGGCCCUCCUCUCCGCGGGUUUGUCCCCGGACGUGAACCGGACGGCGGACAGCGGAGAGCAGUGCUCCGCCUGCGACUAUCGAGAGCGCAGCAAGCAGAUGCGGCUGCACAGCAUCAGGACGCAGAUCCUGAGCAUCCUGCGGCUGGAGCAGGCGCCGAACAUCAGCCGCGACAUGAUCCGCCAGAUGCUCCCCAAGGCGCCUCCGGUCAUGCAGCUGCUGGACCAGUACGACCCGCGCGUGGAGGACGAGGAGCAAGCCACGACGGAGACCAUCAUCACCAUGGCAACGAAGCCGGAUUCCGUGGCUCGGGACGAGCUGUCCUCCUGCUGCCUGUUCAGCCUCAGCCCCAAGAUCCAGCCCAAAAACAUCCAGAGCGCGCAGCUGUGGGUCCACCUGCGGCCCGCACACAUGGUGUCCACCGUCUUCCUGCAAGUGUCCCGCCUCAGGCCGGGCAAGGACGGCAACAGCACGCGCGUACGUGUCCGCUCGCUGCGGAUCGACGCGGACGCCGGCGCCAGCUCAUGGCAGAGCAUCGACAUCAAGUCGGUGCUGCAGGCGUGGCUGCGGCAGCUGGAGACCAACUACGGCAUCGAGAUCAACGCCUUCGACUCCAGGGGAGCAGAUCUGGCCGUGACCUCCGCGGAGCCGGGGGAGGAGGGGCUGCAACCGUUCAUUGAGGUAAAGAUCCUCGACAGUUCCAAGAGAUCCCGCCGUGACUCCGCCCUCAACUGUGACGAGGAGUCCGCCGAGACCCGCUGCUGUCGGUACCCGCUCAAUGUGGACUUCGAGGAGUUCGGCUGGGACUGGAUCAUCGCCCCCAAGCGCUACAGAGCCAACUACUGCUCCGGCGAGUGCGAGUCCAUGCACCUGCAGCAGUACCCGCACGCACACCUGGUGAACAAGGCCAACCCCCGCGGCUCGGCGGGGCCCUGCUGCACGCCCACCAAGAUGUCGCCCAUCAACAUGCUGUACUUCAACCGCAAGGAGCAGAUCAUCUACGGGAAGAUCCCGUCCAUGGUGGUGGACCAGUGCGGCUGUUCCUGAAAGGAAAUAAUCGGUGUCCAAACGGAAGGAAAAGACUUAAAUUCUAUCAGUCUAUGAAGGUUUCCAAAAACAAAAAGUUUUACUUCCAACUGUCUCCAGGUAGUUUCAACAUUAAAGUUUUAACAUUAUGUCCAAAACCGCAAAAAAUAUGAUUUUUAUGUUUUUUUCUAAGAAAUUGUGUUAAAACUCAACAUCUACUGAAAGACAUAAAGUCCAAGAAGCGCUCGAUUCCAAACUAUGAGGAGAAAGUUUUAGCACUUUAGCCACUUUUUGGACUUAAACGUGAAACAUUUCCACAAAAUAUGCUUAAAAAUGCAGAGUAAAGAGCUUAUAUUUAUCAAAUAAAUUCUAUAAAAACGUAACAAUUUUCAUUUUCUGUGUAAUAUCAAGAAUUGCCACUAGGGGCAAUAGUCAAAAAUCCUUUCAUAACUUCCUAAACCUUUAGGAGUUUCCAAAAAACAGCUGUUAAAACCAAAAAGAUGACAAAAUCCCCUCUUCUUGUUGUUUUUAAAGCCUUUUCAUCUUUAAAAUAUUUUUGUUCAAAAUGUAUUCAAUUACAUCAAGCAAAACGUUAAAAAUAUAAUGUUUUUACCAUUAAGUCAAGCAUUUUAAAACUCCUCAAAUGUAACUUAGUUCACUUCUCAAUCAAAUCUACGUUUGUUUGGAUUUUAGGUCCUUUUGUUGUGGUUUGGCAGCCACUAGUGGACAUUUGGAUGUAUUGCAGUUGAAAUGACUGGAAAAACUCUUUAGCUUUACUUUCUUUAAAAAAAAUAUUUGACCCAUUUGAACUGAUCACUGUAAAUUAUUUAUUCAAACAGAUUUCUUGAAAAUAAAAAGUUUUGCGUCCAACCAUUUCAAGGUAGUUUACGCAUUAGUUUAAAAAAAAUGUCCAAAGCAGCAAAAAAUAUAUUUUUUUAUUAAAAAAAAGAAAUACUGACUUUAUAAGUAAAGCAAACAAAUGUAUAAAAAAAGAGAAUUGUCUUUUUAAAAUCAUUUAACACCAGCAGGAUGGAAUAACCCUCGAUGUGUAAGCUUGUGACCCCGUGACGUAUUUUCAAAGAAAAGUCGUAUUAAAGAAACAAGUUGAAUGUAAAA